AUGGACGCCGCUGACGACGAAUUGCAAGCCAUGCUUGCCGCCAACUUGGAGCGCUUGCAGUUUGUUCUGUUGGCAACUCUUGACAGCGAGUACGGCAGGAGCAUUGUCGAGGACGAACUCGACGAGCUGGACCUUCGCCUCGAGCAGCCGCACAUGGAACAGCAACCAGCCGUUGUCUUGCCUGCCAAAUCUAAAUCUGCAAAACGCAAGAGGUUCGACCGCUGCGAACAGUGCGAGCGAGACUUCGACGUCACGGCCAACGGACACGACCAUUGCGUCUGGCAUUCCGGCUACCUGAUGAUCAACUCGGAAGAGGGCUACUGGUGUGGCGCCGCUGAGGACAUUGACACCCAGGAGAACCGCCAAGAGUUUCCCGAAGCUUUCGUGUGGAGCUGCUGUAAUGAGCAAAGCGAUGCUGAAGGCUGCCUGAUCGGUUAUCACAAAGCUGGCACCGCGUCUCAGAAAAAGUACCGCUCUUGA